AUGCUGUUCCUCCUCGUCCAGGUCGAGGUCGAGGCCGGAGACCCAACAGACCGGUCACCCAAUCCAGGUUUAGCACAGAAUAUUAUGAAGCAGUGGCGCAGAAACGACAGUCGGGAUCGGAACCCAUGCGUCCGCAACCGCAUCGAGGAAUCCGCCCUGUACAGGAACCAAGAUGCCCCAUUCGGCUUCUUCAGCCAGCGAUGGCAAUCAAUGGAGAUGAUAGACAUCUCAGAGUGGGCCAGCGACAACGUAAGGACUAUCAACAUGAGCGUCAGGUAUCUCAAUGCGCCCUACGAGCUCAAAGUGAGGGAGUUCGUCCCUAUCCGAGGCGACAUGCUUGAAGAGCAAUGGCCAACAAAAAAUGGUCAGGUUGUACACUAUCCCCUUCCAGCUUACGGCAUCGCUACCAUGGAGGAGGCAGCCGUUUCUAUCGGUAAAAUGAUAGAGAGAGAGAUCUCUAAUUUUAUCCAGGCGACCUUGCAUGAGCGCGUCUCGAACGGUUUUGUUUGGGACACGUACAUGACUGCUUUCCGGCGGGCGGGAAAUGCACCGACUGGAGAAGAAAGAUCACUUCUAAAUCUCACUCUUCGGCUAUGGGUGCUCUGCCGUAUCAAUUGCAAUUCUGAGCAUAUUGUCGGUGAAGAUAAACUAGACACACCGACUGUCGUUGAUCCGGAUAGUCCGUAUCAUGACAGCGUCCCCGCGUCUCCCGUUCUAAAUGCUCAACUUGAAUGCAUAUAUUAUACCAAGUUUCUGCGUCCUUGGAGCGAGAGUGUUCUCCAGCUGCUGAGAUCCUUGAUGGAGGCCAAUCGCAGGGAAUACUGGCUCACCAUUUAUCUAACGCUUUUCCUACUCCUCCACAGCUGCUCCAUGACGACUAGGAGAGAUAAGGAGUAUGCAUCUCAGAUCAGUCUACCGGCCACAUUCUGCAAUCCGAAAGGCAUCAACGAGCAUAAUUAUGGCUCCAAGACGCUACUGGCUCAAUUCCAUAUGGCCUUGAAAGGAGGCCUCCCAUUCCAGCAAGCAUUGGCGGGGGGUCACCAGGCUCAGAAACUCUCAGAUAUGUUGACACCAAGCGAGAUCGAUUUUGUACGUUCGUCAGCGAUCCAAGCAGCUGCCCUCAGUGAGUUUUCCCACAGUCGCCAGCUUGUUUAUAUCGAAGAAUAA